CGAGGGCUGGUGUGACCCUGUCUUCCCCCAGAAGAGGCACCUCGGGACCCCGGCGCUGCGCUCACGCUCCCCAGCCCCCGCGCGCCCCCAUGAGGGCCCCGGCCCCGCGCGCCCGGGCGCCCGCGCUCUGCCUGCUACUUGCUUGCGUCUGGCUGCCCCGGGGGGAGCCGGCAGCGGAGGCCCUACGGGUGCAGCGUCUCGCACUCAUGCCACAGAGUACUGCCGAGCUGCACCCAGAGCCGGCUCAGGAGCCCAGUGGCAGCCACCAGAAGGCAACCCUUCCCAUAAUGGAUGCUGCAACAGUGAUGGGAGGCCAGGAGGCUCACGCCCUGGAGUCCUUGGCCAUGUCUUCCUGGGAAAGGCGGCUCCAUCGGGCCAAGUGCGCACCAUCCUACUUGUUCUCCUGCUUCAACGGGGGCGAGUGUGUAUACCCAGCCUUCUGUGACUGCCGACGCUUCAAUGCCACGGGGCCUCGCUGCCAGAUGGUGUACAACUCUGGCCCUGAGCGGGACAGCAUCUGCCGGGCGUGGGGACAGCACCACGUGGAGACCUUUGACGGCCUCUACUACUACCUCUCCGGAAGGGGCAGCUACACGCUGGUGAGGCGCCAUGAACCGGAGGGCCAGAGCUUCUCAGUCCAGAUGCACAACGACCCGCAGUGUGGAUCCUCCCCCUACACCUGCCCGAGGUCUGUCAGCCUCUUCUUCGCGGGUGAGCAGGAAAUCCGUCUGGCCAAGGAGGUCACCCGUGGAGGCGUGAGGAUCCAACUGCCAUAUAUGAUGGGGAGCGUGCGCCUGCAGCGGCUUGCUGGCUACAUCAUCGUGCGAUAUCAGUCGGCCUUCACGCUGGCCUGGGAUGGCUCCACGGCUGUCUACAUCAAGAUGAGCCCAGAGUUCCUGGGCUGGACCCAUGGGCUGUGUGGGAACAACAAUGCCGACCCCCAGGACGACCUGGUGACCAGCUAUGGAAAGCUGACUGACGAUGUUGCUGAGUUUGUGCACAGUUGGCAGGAGCAGGCCCCCAACCAGCCUCCAGGGCCCACCACCUCCUCCCUGCCCCGCCCACCGUGCCUGCAGCAGAGCCUGGGAACCAUGCAGGGUGUGUUCGAGCGAUGUGAGGCGCUGCUGAGGCCCCCCUUUGACACCUGCCACACCUACGUCAGCCCUCUGCCCUUCACAGCCAGCUGUACCAGUGAUCUCUGCCAAUCAGUGGGCGAUGAAGCUACCUGGUGCCGGGCCCUGGCGGAGUAUGCCCGGGCGUGUGCUCAGGCGGGGCGGCCCUUGCAGGGCUGGAGGACCCAGUUCCAGCAGUGCGCUGUGCGCUGCAAGGAGGAAGCCUUCACCUACAACGAGUGCAUUGCCUGCUGUCCUGCCUCCUGCCAGCCCCGGGCAUCCUGUGUGGACAGCGAGAUCGCCUGUGUGGACGGCUGCUACUGCCCUGACGGGUUGAUCUUCGAGGAUGGGGGCUGUGUGGCACCAGCCGAGUGUCCCUGUGAGUUCCAUGGGACCCUGUACCCGACUGGCUCUAUGGUGAAGGAAGACUGCAACACCUGCACAUGCAUGGCGGGCAAAUGGGUGUGCAGCACGGCUGUCUGCCCAGCCGAGUGCUCGGUGACUGGUGACAUCCACUUCACGACCUUUGAUGGCCGCCGGUACACGUUCCCUGCCACGUGUCAGUACGUCCUGGCCAAGAGCCGCUCCUCAGGCACCUUCACAGUGACACUGCAGAACAGCCCGUGUGGCCUGAACCAGGAUGGGGCCUGUGUCCAGUCGGUGUCAGUGAUUCUGCAUCAGGAUCCUCGGAGGCAGGUGACCCUGACCCAGGCGGGGGAUGUCCUUCUGUCUGACCAGUUCAAGGUCACCCCACCCUACAUAGACGACGCCUUUGAGAUCCGGAGGCUGUCCUCCCUGUUCCUGCGGGUGAGGACCAACGUGGGCCUGCGGGUGCUCUACGACCCAGAAGGGCUGCGGCUCUACCUGCAAGUGGACCAGCGAUGGGUGGAAGACACCGUGGGCCUCUGCGGCACUUUCAACGGCAAUACGCAGGACGACUUCCUGUCCCCGGUGGGUGUGCCUGAGAGUACCCCACAACUCUUUGGCAAUUCUUGGAAAACACUGUCCGCCUGCUCCCCUCUGGCCGCUGGCUCCUCUCUGGACCCCUGCGAUGUGCACCUGCAAGCUGCCGCCUAUGCAGUGCAGGCCUGCAGUGUGCUCACAGGGGAGCUGUUUGCGCCCUGCUCCACAUACCUGAGCCCCGUGCCCUACUUUGAGCAGUGCCGCCGGGACGCCUGCCGCUGUGGGCAGCCCUGCCUUUGCGCCGCACUGGCCCACUACGCCCGCCUGUGCCGGCGCCAUGGGCUCCCCAUCGACUUCCGUGCCCACCUGCCGACCUGUGCUCUGUCCUGCACGGCCACCAAGGAAUACAGCCCCUGCGUGGCCCCGUGUGGACAAACCUGCCAGGACUUGGCUGGUCCUGAGGCCUGUGGUGUUAAUGGUGGUGACGUCAGUGGAGAAGAGUGCCUGGAAGGCUGUGCCUGCCCACCAGACACCUAUCUGGACUCCCAGGCUGACCUCUGCGUCCCCAGGAACCAGUGUUCCUGCCACUUCCAAGGAGUGGACUAUCCCCCUGGAGACAGUGACAUCCCAUCCCUGGGCCACUGCCACUGCAAAGAUGGAGUCAUGAGCUGUGAGAGCAGAGCCCCAGCUGCUGCUUGCCCAGCAGGCCAAGUCUUUGUGAACUGCAGCAACCUGCACACCCACCCCGAGCUGAGCAGGGAGAAGACAUGUGAACAGCAGUUGCUGAACCUGAGUGUGCCAGCCCGAGGCCCUUGCCUCUCUGGCUGUGCCUGCCCACAGGGCCUUCUCAGACAUGGGGAUGCAUGUUUCCUGCCAGAGGAGUGCCCAUGCACUUGGAAGGGCAAGGAGUAUUUUCCUGGGGACCAGGUCAUGUCUCCUUGCGAUACCUGCGUGUGCCAGCAGGGCUCGUUCCAGUGCACUCUCCAACCCUGUGCCUCCACCUGCACUGCAUAUGGCGAUCGACAUUACCGCACAUUUGAUGGGCUCCCGUUUGACUUCGUGGGAGCAUGCAAAGUGCACCUUGUCAAGAGCACAUCAGAUUUCAGCUUCUCUGUGAUUGUAGAAAAUGUGAACUGCUACAGCUCUGCCAUCAUCUGCAGGAAAUUUAUUUCCAUCAACGUUGGGAACUCACUUCUCAUCUUUGAUGAUGACUCAGGAAAUCCUAGUCCUGAGAGCUUCCUGGAUGAGAAGCAGGAGGUCCACACCUGGCAGGCGGGGUUCUUCACCCUGGUACAUUUCCCGCGGGAGCACAUCACCCUCCUAUGGGAUCAGAGAACCACAGUGCACAUCCAAGCUGGGCCUCAGUGGCAGGGCCAGCUGGCAGGACUCUGUGGAAACUUCGACUUAAAAACCAUCAAUGAGAUGAGGACCCCAGAGAAUCUAGAGUUAACUAGCCCCCAGGAGUUUGGCAGCAGUUGGGCUGCAGUCGAGUGCCCAGACGCUGUUGACCCCCGGGACACAUGUGUCCUGAAUCCUCUCCGGGAACCAUUUGCCAAGAAGGAGUGCAGUGUCCUGCUCAGCGAGGUGUUUGAGACCUGCCACCCUGUGGUUGAUGUCACUUGGUUUUACUCAAAUUGCCUGAUGGACACCUGUGGUUGCAGCCGGGGUGGUGACUGCGAGUGCUUCUGUGCCAGCGUGUCUGCCUACGCUCACCAGUGCUGCCAGCAUGGGGUGGCCGUUGACUGGAGGACCCCACGCCUCUGCCCCUACGACUGUGACUUCUUUAACAAAGCGCUAGGCAAGGGCCCCUACCAGCUGGCCAGCUGGACGGCUGAUGGUGCCCUGGUGGGCGUGACGGCUGCAGGCAGUGCUGUGGCCCUAGUAAGGGCAGAGGAGGUGGCUCCAGGAGACAUGGUGAGCUUCCUGCUGACAGCUGCGCUAUACAAGGCCAAGGCCCAUGACCCUGACGUGGUAUCUCUGGAGGCAGCUGACAGACCCAACUUCUUCCUCCACAUCACAGACAGUGGGUCGCUGGAGCUGGCUAAGUGGCAGGGCAGCAAUGCCUUCCAGCUCCAUGCCACCUUCUCUGUGCACCGGGGGACAUGGCAGGCAGGCCUGGUGGCCCUGGAGUCCAUGGCGGAGCCUGGCUCCUUCCUUUAUGUGUCAGGUCCGGCCCUGGCCCCGACAGUGGCCCUGCGGCUGUAUGAGCACUCAGAGGCGUUCCGCCGGGGCACACUCUUCCGCCUUCUGGAUGCCAAGCCUUUGGGGGCCACCUACCCCACCUGUGAGUGGCGCUAUGAUGCCUGUGCCAGCCCCUGCUUCCAAACCUGCCGGGACCCCUGGGCUGCCAGCUGCCGGGACGUGCCCAGGGUAGAAGGCUGUGUCCCUGUGUGCCCAGCCCCCAAGGUCCUGGAUGAAGUCACACAGAGAUGUGUCUACUUGGAGGACUGCGUGGAGCCAGUGGUCUUGGUUCCCGCAGAGGCCCUUGGCAACGAGACCCUGCCUCCAGGUCAAGAGCUGCCCAUACCCAGUGACAAGGAGCUGCAGCCUCCACAGCAAACUCCCAGGGCCCCCACCCACAGACCAGCCCUCACCAAAGCCCUGAGCCCUCCGAUGGCAGGCACCAUGGGGCCAACGCUGUCUCCAGGCACCACCCAGUCCACUCUGCAGCAGCCGCUGGGGCUCACUACAUCUAACCUUCCUGUCCACUCCACCGAGGCCGGCAAGGGAGUGACCACCAGCCAGCUGGCCACCCCUCACACCCCAGAGUCCUCUUCUCUCCGCCUUUUACCACAGACACCCACACCUGGCAUGGGGUUGGGUGGCAUAGAGACGACCAGGGUGACUGUGACCUUUGCAGAGAGCCCCAACAUCACAGUCUCCUCCCGGUCGCCUCCUGCGCCUCGCUUCCCACUCAUGACCAAAGCCGUGACGGUCCCAGGCCAUGGCUCUCCGCCUGUUAGGACAACACUCCUACCACCCUCCCUGAGCCCGGAGUUGCCAGCAAGUGCCUCCUCCAGGCCUGUGGCUUCCCUGGGAGUGACCUCCAGGCCCCCCACCUCCUCUGGAUCCCCCGAGGAUUUGCUGACACCUGUGAUAACUAAGGUCACAAAUAAGACAGGGAUCCCCCAGCCCACAUCGGUCCAGAGCAUGUCAAGUCCCAGCGGGCCCCCUCCCGUGGCUAGAACACCAGCAGAACAGGUUCCCACCAGUGCCCUUGCAACCAAGAGACUGGAGAUGGUGCCAUCCAUAGACAGGGUGGAGCCUGGGCCUGGGCAGCCCACAGGCCUAUCAGCCUCCCCACACCCCAGCCCGCUCCCCACUACCCUGCCGCACCCAGCCCAGCACACCGCCACAGCCACUGGGCCCCCAGCUCUGUCCCCUGCAACCCUGGCUGCAGACAGUCUACCCACAGGGCUGAGUGCCACAUCAUUCAUGUCUCUGGAAUCAACUAAGCCAUCCCAGCUCCUCUCUGGCCUGCCUCCUGACACCAGCCUGCCCCUGGCCAAGGUGGGCACAUCUGCCCCAGUGGCCACUCCCAGCCCCAAAGGCUCUGGCAUCACCCAUCCACUCCAACAAGAGGCCAUGCCACUGACCACGGCCAUGACUCUACCUGCUUGGACGCUCAGCCCAGCACUGCCUCUCACCCCAGCCAUCAUGGCCCAGACAUACCCCCCAAGCCAUGCAGCCCCCCAGGCCACAGGCAUGGCUCCAGGCUUGCUACUGGGAGCCUCAUUGCCAACCUCUGGCAUUAUGGCCAUGGGGAAAGGGGCAGCCUCCACAGUGUCCCUCACCUCACAAAAGAGCAGCACGGAGAGGAUGGCCAUCCUGUCCAAGCAAGUGUCUCUGUCCACAGCAGUGUAUGGCUCUGCCCUGAGUGGACCCAUGGAACAUGCACCUGCAGUGGCCCACACCUUUGCCACCUUGGUGACUGCAGCUGAGGGCCCCCGGGCUGGCACAGCGCCACCAGUGCCCACAUCCUAUUCCCUGAGCCGGGUCUCAGCCAGGACCAUCUCCCAGGAGAGCUCCCUGGUUCUGCUCCCUCAGCUGGUAGAGGCCCACGGGACCUUGGCAGGACCUCAGCCCCCAGUGGAGCUGGUGGGCCAAGCCACCACUGCACUGUCAGGGCUCUCGGCCCCGGCCCAGAGCACCUCACAGGGUCCAGCCGAGGAAUGGGCAGCUGCCACAGAGGCUGUGGAGGCCAACGUCACCUGUGUCCCAAUUGCCGAGCAGGACUGCGUCCGCCACAUCUGCCUGGACGGCCAGCUUGUCCGAGUGAACCAGUCCCAGCACUGUCCUCAGGGCGCCGCACCACCUCGCUGUGGGGUCCUGGGCCUCGCGGUGCGGGUGGGCGGGGACCGCUGCUGCCCCCUCUGGGAGUGUGCCUGCCGAUGCUCAAUCUUCCCUGAUCUGAGCUUUGUCACCUUUGAUGGGAGCCAUGGAGCCCUGUUCAAGGAGGCCAUCUACAUCCUCAGCCAGAGCCCAGAUGAGAUGGUCACCGUCCACGUUCUUGACUGCAAAAGUGCCAACCUGGGGCACCUGAACUGGCCCCCAUUCUGUUUGGUGAUGCUAAAUGUGACUCACCUGGCCCAUCAGAUCACCAUUGACCGCUUCAACCGGAAGGUGACUGUGGACUCGCAGCCCGUGUGGCCCCCCGUGAGCAGGUACGGGUUCAGAAUUCAGGACACUGGCCACAUGUAUGUGAUCCGGACACCCUCACACAUCCAGAUCCAGUGGCUCCACAGCUCAGGACUCAUGAUUCUGGAGACCAGCAAAGCCAGCAAGGCCCAAGGCCGGGGCCUGUGUGGUAUCUGUGAUGGCAACGCAGCCAACGACCUCACCCUGCAGGAUGGCUCUGUGGUGGGUGGGGCCGAGGACCCUGCUCCCUUUCUGGACAGCUGGCAGGUGCCCAGCUCCCUGACCUCGGUGGGCCAGACCCGCUUCCGCCCGGACAGCUGUGCCACGGCUGACUGCUCGCCCUGCCUCCGCAUGGUGUCCAACCGCACUUUCAGCGCAUGCCACCGCUUCGUCUCCCCAGAAUCAUUCUGUGAGCUGUGGAUCCGGGACACCAAGUAUGUGCAGCAGCCCUGCGUGGCGCUGACCGUGUACGUGGCUAUGUGCCACAAGUUCCAUGUGUGCAUCGAGUGGCGGCGCUCCGACUACUGCCCCUUCCUGUGCUCCAGUGACUCCACAUACCAGGCUUGUGUGGCAGCCUGCAGACCCCCUGAGACGUGCCAGGAUGGGACGCUGGGCCUGCCGGACCCUGAGCAGUGCCAGGUGCUCGGUGAGGGCUGCAUCUGCUCCGAGGGCACCAUCUUGCACCGACGCCACUCUGCGCUCUGCAUCCCUGAGGAGAAGUGUGCCUGCACCGACAGCACGGGGGCACCACGGGCCCUGGGGGAGACUUGGAACAGCUCCCUCAGCGGCUGCUGCCAGCACCAGUGCCAAGCUCCAGGCACCGUUGUUCCUGUGGACCUGGGCUGCCCGGGCCCCCGUCCUGAGGCCUGCCCGCGGUUUGGGGAGGUGGCCCUGCUCGUGCCCACCGAGGACCCCUGCUGCCUGGGGACUGUUUGUGUGUGUAACCAGACUCUGUGUGAGGGCCUUGCCCCAACCUGCCGCCCGGGACACCGACUCCUCACCCACUUCCAGGAGGACUCCUGCUGCCCCAGCUACAGCUGUGAGUGUGACCCAGACCUGUGUGAGGGGGUGCUGGUCCCCAGUUGCCGCCAGGACCAGACCCUGAUUGCAGGCCGCCGGGGGGAUUCGUGCUGUACCUCCUACUUCUGUGCCUGUGGCGAUUGCCCGGAUCCGAUCCCCGAGUGCCAGGAAGGGGAGGCGCUCACCGUGAACAGGAGCACGGCGGAGCUGUGCUGCCCUCUGUACCAAUGCGUGUGUGAGAGCUUCCGCUGCCCCCAGGUCCAGUGUGGCGUCGGCACCACGCUGGUGCAGGUGUGGAGCCCGGACCGCUGCUGCCCAUACAAGUCUUGCGAGUGUGACUGCGACACAAUCCCAGUGCCCCAGUGCCAUCUGUGGGAGAAGUCCCAGCUGGACGAAGAGUUCAUGCGCAGUGUGGAGAACGUGUGUGGCUGCGCCAAGUACGAGUGCGUGAAGGCCCCUGUGUGUCUGAGCCGUGAGCUGGGCGUGAUGCAGCCAGGCCAGACGGUGGUGGAGCUCUCGGCAGAAGGCGUGUGCCACACCUCCCGCUGCACAGACCUGCUUGACCCCCUUACCAGCUUCUACCAGAUCAACACCACCUCUGUGCUGUGCGACGUCCGCUGCGAGGCGAACCAGGAGUACGAACACCCCCGGGACCUGGCAGCCUGCUGCGGCUCCUGCAGGAACGUGUCCUGCCUCUUUGCCUUCCCCAACGGAACCACCUUCCUGUUCUUGCCCGGGGCAUCCUGGAUUGCCGAGUGUGCCCGCCACCACUGCAGCAGCACUCCCCUGGGUGCUGUGCUGGUCCGCUCUCCUAUCAGCUGCCCACCGCUCAACGAGACUGAGUGUGCCAAGGUUGGGGGCUCAGUGGUGCCUUCGUUGGAAGGAUGCUGUCGGACAUGUAAGGAGGACGGGCGUUCCUGCAAGAAGGUGACCAUCCGCAUGACUAUCCGCAAGAACGACUGCAGGAGCAGCUCCCCUGUGAACCUAGUGUCCUGUGAUGGGAAGUGCCCUUCUGCCAGCAUCUACAACUACAACAUCAACACCUACGCCCGCUUCUGCAAGUGCUGCCGCGAGGUGGGCCUGCAGCGGCGCUCCGUGCAGCUCUUCUGUGCCACCAACGCCACCUGGGUGCCCUACAUGGUUCAGGAGCCCACCGACUGUGCCUGCCAGUGGUCCUGAGGCCUGGGGCCGGGGCUGACUGAACCCCCUCUGCUGCCUCACUUUCCAUCCAGCUGGCCGUGUGUGUGUGUGUGUGUGUGUGUGUGUGUGUGUGCACGCCUCUGUCUGUAUGCAUGUGCAGGGGGUGGGGGCAUUAAAGGGGUGGAGAGCUGGUUGUGCCAAGCAUGGAAUGUGGGCAGAAGCACACAGAGAGCUCAGAAUGGGCCACACCUGCCCAUCCUGGCUUCUUCUCUGGGCUCCCCCUCCCUCAUACAUGGGAGAGUGCCACACUGAGGGCUCAGAGAGCCCAGCUCUGUCCUGGCUUGAGGUCGGGAAGGGUCCUAGAUGCAGAGACAGCAGGUCCUGCUCACCUGUGCCUCUGGCCACAGUGAUUUGGUGGAGGGUGUGAGAGUGCUCUUGAGAAGGUGGGGCCAGAGCUGGGUCUGAGACCAAGAGUGGAGGCCCAUUCUCUUUCUUGGCUCUAAGAAGCACAGCCAUAGCAAAAGGAAAGAGGGCUUUAAUUGCAAUGCUCAGGCCUGUGUUGUUGCCCAAAAGGACUUUGCAAGAGCAAAGAGGGUGGAUUCCUCAGGCCCAGGUCCUCUCCCCAAGGUCUGUGAGAUUGGUUGUGGUCCCCCUGCCUCCACACAAAGACUGAGGAGUGGAUUUGGUGACCUCAGAGUUCUCUGUGGCCCCAAGAGGGCUGCUCUGAUAUUCCAUAAUUGACAUUGUACUUCAGGAAAGAAUUGAGAGGAACAAGCCCAUGUCUGUGCCUCAGUACACCCCCACCCCACACCAGAAGGCGGCCUGGCACUUUUGAGGAGUGGGGGGCAUCCAGCACAGCUCAUCUUGGGUAUUGGCAGAUAAACCCACCCCUCCAAGGCCCCAGAUGGUUUAUUGGGAACCUUCACCUUCAAGUGUAGCUCCUGGCUUUGCAAUGUGCCUUUUCUCCAAGGACAUAGCAGAGUUGGUCUCUGGAGGAGCCAGUGGCUCAACCAAUUCCAGGCCCUCUUCUUCAUGGGAGAGCAUCUGUCAAUGGAAAAUGCAGGCCCUGUGCGUGUGCAGUCUCAGAGGCUCUGAGCAUCUGUCAGAACCUUGACUCUGAACCUGAGUAUCCCCCUUAAAGCCAGGACCAGACGCCCUCCGCUCAUUCUGAAGACCCCCCACCCCCACCCCAUGCCACUUUAUGCUGCCAGAUCCAGCGUGCAUGAGGAUGAGGUUGUUCAGGCGCCUGCACUGCUCUGUCUGGAGAUGUGUGGCUGCCCUAGUGCCCCUUGAGAUUAGGGGCCUGUACCGGGAUAGUCCCCCAGCUGUUUCUGCAGCUUCUUUGUUCCUGUAUCUGUGAAUGUUUAUGUAUCCAAUAAACUGCAGGAAGACAUCAGUCCUUUUAGCAUCUCA